AUGCGCGCCACGGCCACGUGGCAACGCGUCCUUACCUCCGUGUGCUCACGUUUCCUUCGUUCUCAUGAUCCCUCAUUAUGCCCGCCUGUCCCUGUCCGCGCUGCCUCCCUUCCACCCGCCCGCACCAGCAGCGCAUUGGCGGCGGGUGACGAUCGCAGCGCGUGCGCGGCGGAACUGCUGCGAUUCCUGGAGGAGGGCGGGGACGUAUUCGACUUCCCCUUCUCCGCCCGCCUGCCGUCCCCCCUCCUGCUGCCGCUCUCCCCCGCCUCCUCCCCGUCCCCCUCUCCCCCACCCUCUGCGCCCACCCGGUUCGACCUUCCGACGUGCCCCAGGUGCGCUCACGCCCCUCAUGCCCCAAUCGUCCCCCAGGUGCGCUCACGCCCCUCAUGCCCCAAUCGUCCCCCAGGUGCGCAGCCCACUUGUGGUGAACUGUGGACUUUUAGAGAGCACUGCAACCAUGCGCUCUCCAUUCACCCCCACCGCGCCACACAUGCACUCCUUUGGCUCUGCUUGCUAAGAGCUUCCUGUCCCUCCCUGCCUCUGCCGCACGUCCACUUGCCUGUCUUCACUGCGCUGCCCUCUGCUCUGCUCCCUCCGUCCUGCCAUGCCCCCUGCCGCGCCCCCAUCCCCGUUGAGGUCACCCUCCCCGCCAGCCCCCCUGGUGGUUCCGCGCAAGGGGAGCUGGGGGAGGGGAAGCGGGGAGAGGGGAGCGGAGGGGGCGCGGGUGGUAGCAGGGGUGGCAGGGAGGGGGCGCAGGAGGAGAGAGGGCAAGGGGAGGGAGGGGUGGAUGGGUGGCGGUCGGGCAUUGGAGGGAUGGAGCGAGGGAGGAAGAGGGGGAGGGAGGAGGAGGGGGCGGAGGGCGAGAGCAGCAGCCGCAUGUACGAGGUGGGGCGUGCCCACUCACAAGCACACGCGCUGCCUGCUGGGGAGGCGGGUGGCGCGUCAGAAAUCCAAAGGGAGAUGGGAGCUGGCACUGGUGGUGCCGGCAGUGGCAAUGCAUCCAGAGACCCUCUCGGGCUGCUGCUCACACAGCAGCGUGCCCCUCCACCCACCCCCCACGCGCCCCUGUCGCACGUGCCCGUGCCCAUCCCCAUGCCCGACCCCUCCUCUGUGCCCAUCCCCACCGUCUCCUCCUCCUCCGCCCUCGCCGCCUCCCCCUCCGCCCUCGCCCCCUCGCUGCCCUCGCUGCCCUCCCUCGCCUCGCUCUCCUCUCUCCUGCCUGAUGCUCUGGAGGGAGCGCGGACUGACGCGGGUCGGUGUGUUGCGGUAGGUACAGGGCGUGGUAAGACAGUGAGAGAGGGUGGUGGGGCAGUGACACAUACUUACCCAUUCUCCUCCACUCUCUCCGCCCCCCACCUCCCCCUUCCUCAGGCCAACCGUUGCCUGCUCGCUGCAGCUUCCCCUACUGCCACCACCUCUGCUGCUGCUGCUGCUGGCGGCACUGGCAGCACAGAGGCAGGCAUAGGGGGCGCAUGGAGGGAGAUGGGGAUGGGCGAGGAGGGCGGGGCAGAGAAGGGAGACGCAUGGAGGGUGCGGGCGGGGGGCAGCAGUCAGUGGGACUACGUGUUGCAGGAGAUGGCAUGGCUCGCCCUUGAUUUCCAACAGGAGCGGCUGUGGAAGAGAGCAGCGGCGAGCCACCUAGCCACUUGUGCACAGAGGGUGGGCAGGGAGAGGGCGGAAGGUGCAGGCGAGGGGAGGGCGGGGCAUGAGCCGAUGCAUGGACGAGGAGGGGAAGAGGAGAGGAGAGGGGAGCGAAGUGACGAGGGAAGGGAGGAGGAAAGCAAGGCAGGUUGGAGAAGCUGUGGUGCUGCUAUUGCUCGCCCUCUCUCCUCGGGGCAAGGCCAGCGGACACCACGCGAUGGUGGCGGGCCGAGGAACCGGAAGCAAGAGGAGGGGGCGUAUGGGGACGUGGAGGGGAAGGGCGCGGGGAGAAAAGCGAGGGUUCAAGUGGAGGUGCCAGGGGGAGAGGCUGGCAGAGGGGCAGCGGAAAAAGGGGCAGAGGGGCGACGGGCGGAGGGGGAAGGGGGCAUGGAGGGAGGGGCAGAGGGUGGAAGCGGCGCAGCAGAGAGAGGGGCGAGUGCACCGGUGACGCCAGAGAGGGAGGAGGGCCGAGGGGCGGACAUGAGCUGCAGUGACUGGUGGUCGUGGGUGGACGAGGUGAGGGGCGCGGUGAAAGAGGGGCGAGGUGAGGGGCGAGGUGAGGGGCGAGGUGAGGGGCGAGGUGAUGAUGGGGUGAUGGUCCCCUCCCCCCCCUCCCUCCCUCCCUCCCUCCCUCCCUCCCUCCCUCCCUCCCUCCCUCCCUCCCUCCCUCCCUCCCUCCCUCCCUCCCUCCCUCCCUCCCUCCCUCCCUCCCUCCCUCCCUCCCUCCCUCCUUCCCUCCUCUUCCCCGCGGGCCUCCCUCCUCCUCUCUCUCCCCCGCUACACCUCCGCCUCUUCCCAUGCCGCCUUACCCAUGUACGCCUUUCCACCCCAUGUACGGCUUUUCUGCCCAUGUACCGCCCACGUAUGCCUUUUCUGCCCAUGUACCGCCCACGUAUGCCUUUUCUGCCCAUGUACCGCCCACGUAUGCCUUUUCUGCCCAUGUACCGCCCACGUAUGCCUUUUCUGCCCAUGUACCGCCCACAUAUGCCUUUUCUGCCCAUGUACCGCCCAUGUAUGCCUUUUCUGCCCAUGUACCGCCCACAUAUGCCUUUUCUGCCCAUGUACCGCCCACAUAUGCCUUUUCUGCCCAUGUACCGCCCACGUAUGCCUUUUCUGCCCAUGUACCGCCCACGUAUGCCUUUUCUGCCCAUGUACCGCCCACGUAUGCCUUUUCUGCCCAUGUACCGCCCACGUAUGCCUUUUCUGCCCAUGUACCGCCCACAUAUGCCUUUUCUGCCCAUGUACCGCCCACAUAUGCCUUUUCUGCCCAUGUACCGCCCACAUAUGCCUUUUCUGCCCAUGUACCGCCCAUGUAUGCCUUUUCUGCCCAUGUACCGCCCACAUAUGCCUUUUCUGCCCAUGUACCGCCCACGUAUGCCUUUUCUGCCCAUGUACCGCCCACGUAUGCCUUUUCUGCCCAUGUACCGCCCACAUAUGCCUUUUCUGCCCAUGUACCGCCCAUGUAUGCCUUUUCUGCCCAUGUACCGCCCACAUAUGCCUUUUCUGCCCAUGUACCGCCCAUGUAUGCCUUUUCUGCCCAUGUACCGCCCAUGUAUGCCUUUUCUGCCCAUGUACCGCCCACAUAUGCCUUUUCUGCCCAUGUACCGCCCACGUAUGCCUUUUCUGCCCAUGUACCGCCCACAUAUGCCUUUUCUGCCCAUGUACCGCCCAUGUAUGCCUUUUCUGCCCAUGUACCGCCCACAUAUGCCUUUUCUGCCCAUGUACCGCCCAUGUAUGCCUUUUCUGCCCAUGUACCGCCCACGUAUGCCUUUUCUGCCCAUGUACCGCCCACGUAUGCCUUUUCUGCCCAUGUACGCCCGCCUUGCAUCUGCUGUUCAUGCCCAUCCUCCCAUCUCUCUCUUCCACCCCCUCGUUCCCUCUUCUUGCGCCCUCCCUUCUGCCCUCAGCUACAUUCCCUUCUCACCACUAUCUGCCCCUCUCGACCACAUGACACUCCCCCCUGCCUCUUCCCCCGACCCCUUCCCCCUCCUCCUCCCUGACUUCCUCCUCUCCCCCUCCCCCUCUCACCCCCUCCCCUCGCUCCACCCGUCCCCCUCUCCCCACCUCUCGUCCCAACCCCAUGCAUCUAUCCCCAUCCACCCUCCCUCCGCCUCACCCCUCCCUGCUGCCACUGCCCCUUUUGCUGCCGGGUCUGCUUCCAUGUUGGAUGGCCCAGUGGGGCUGGGCGGGCGGGCAGGGGUAGCUGUGAAGGAAGAAGGGUAUUUAGGUGGGGGGACAGAGAAAUGGGGAGAGGACAAGGGGAGGGAGGACAUGGGGAGGGCAGGUGGGCAAGAGGUGGUGGGGGGAGUGAGCGGCGCAAGGGAGGGGGAGGAGGGGGUGCUCGAGAGGGCGGUGGCAGUGGGGGUGCAGGGGCAGAAGCAGCAGCAGGGGGGUGUUGGUGCAGUGGGGCACAAGGGGCAGCAGAUAGCGCAGAGGCAGCAGGGGAAGAAGCAGGUGCAGGUGAGGCAGCGACCCCUCACACAGCUGCAGCAGCGCAAAGAGGGCGAAGCAGGGGGAGACGGCUUGUGUGGGGAGAGAGAGGGGGAGGCGGAGGGGUGGGCGGAGGUGAGGAGGAGUGAUGGGGACUCUGGUGAGCCGAGUGCGAUGCUAUUGGCGGGGCAGAAACAAGCAGGGCAGGCAGCAGGGGGCGCAGGGCAGCACGGCGCAAUGGCGGGAGAUGGGGAGACGGGCGGGGUGAGUGUUGCAAGGGUGGGGGGCGAAGGGGCGGGUGCAGGGAUGCAGGGAGUGGGGGCACAGGAUGGGGGGAAGGCGCAGCUGGCUCAGGGCAGUGGUGCAUUGGGGGCAGGGGGUGCAGUUGAGGCGGCACAGCUAGCAGGGAGCGCAGGCCCGGGCAGAGGGGGGUUGGGCAGAGGAGGGUUGGGCAGAGGGCAAGGUAUGAAAGGCGUGGGGGCGAAGGGAGGGGGCGAGGGGCGAGGACGUGGAACAGGGGCAGGGAGGGGGCUGGGUGGGACGAAGGUGGGUGGCAUGGGGAGGGGGGGCAAGGGGAAGCAGCAGGGGGAGGGGCGCGGGCAGAAGGGGAAGGCAUUGGGAGUGGGGGAGAGAGGGGGUGCUAGUGUGGAAGGGGAAGGGGCAAUGCAGCAAUGCGCAUGGGGUGGGAAGCAAGGGCAGGGCGUGGCCGCAAGGGAGGCUGCAGCAGCAGCAGGAGGGGGAGGGGGAGGGGGAGGGAAGGCGGGCAGCAAGGAUGGUGGCAUGUUGGCUGCGUCUCCCUCCGCUGACCGCUCUUCCCAGGACAUGGCGGGUGGCAGAGGCGAGGGAGAGGUGGAGGGGGGCGCGGAGCAGCAAGGCAUGGGUGGUGGGCAGAGGGGGGUGGGAGUUGCGAUUAGUGCUGAUGCGGGAGCAAGCAGUGUGGGUGGUGGGGUUGGGGGUGGGGGUGGGGGUGGGGGUGGGGGUGGGGGUGGUGAGGGAGGCAGUGUGUGCAGCCCAGCAGUGGGAGCAGCGGCGGCAACAACAGCAGCAGGGGAUGCUGCUGCUGUGGCUGGCAAGCAACGCCAGCGCCCAUCUGCUCACCGCAAGCCCAAGGGUCCUCCUGCUUCCCCAAAGGUCACAUGUGCGCCCUCUGCCAGCCCCGCCCUCCCUCCUCGCCUGGCUGCUUCUGCUCCCUCCGACGCCACUGCUGCUGCUGAUGGCGCGGCAUUGGCCACAGCCACUGGCUCUCAGCCUGCUGCGAUAACACCCUCGCUGCACCCCCACACCCAUGUGCUCGCUGGGGCGAGGAAGCAGGGGCAGGCAGAGGGCGGGGAGGGGGGAAGGCUGGAGACGGAUGGUAGAGAUGGGGAGGCAUGGGCGGAAGGCAUGGGGCGGGCCGAUGGCGAGGUGGGCGGCGGGAGGAGGGACGUGGCGGCGGGUGGCAUGGGCAGGGAGGCGAAGAAGAAAGGCAGCAAGCGACAGUCGGUGAGUGGCAGCAGGCAGGGAGACAUUCUAGGAGCGCACGCCCUGCCACCUGCCACCACACCCUCGCAAGUGGAGGCAGCAGGCGCUCUCCCUCUGCCGCCCGCCCAUGGCGAUGUGCUGGGCGGGUCCCCGGGCAGCAUGGACCUCGCUGCUGCACGCGUGCCUGGCAGCGAUGUUGCUGAUGAUGCUGAUGGUGCUGAUGACGCCCUGCCAUGGUCUCCCAUGGAGGAGCAGGUGCGUGCAUGCCAUGACAUGGCCAUGGCCAUGGUGUCACAUGCCUCGUUCGUGCUACUGGCAAUGGUGAGCGACCUGGGCACCAACUGGCGCCUUCUUAAUCGCAAUGCCCCCCCUUCCCGCCCCUCCCUCCCCAUGGUGUGCCCUCCCUGGCAGGUGCUACUGGCAGUGGUGAGCGACCUGGGCACCAACUGGCGCCUUGUCACCGAUGUGCUGCUCUCCAUCACGCACCUCACUGGCGUGUAUCGCAGUCCCAGUCAGUGUGAGCGCCGUCACAGCGCCCUCCUCUCCUCGCCCCCUGUCCCCUCCUCUGCGCCCUUAAAGUUGGAGGCACAGGAGUUGAAGCAGCAGGUGCAGCCACACGCCUCUCACCUCCUCGUCCUCUCCAACGUCGCUGCCUCCUCGCCCUCCGCGCCCAUGCCACCCAGCCCCUUGGAUCUCAGCAGCAGCCCCCCGCUCCCACCAGUUGAUGCACCCACGCUCGCUCUCACUACUGCUGCUGCUGCCACAUAUGCUGCCUCGGGAGCCACACUGCCAGCCGCCACCAUUGCAACAGCAGCAGCGGCAGCAGGGGCUGGCAGUGCCCCCAUGCAAGUGUCCUCUGCUGCCACUGCUGCCCCUACCAUGGCCUCACCGACACCUGCUGCAAUGGCUGCCACAAAAACAGGCACUGCCACUGCACACUCUGCUUCUCCCUCCGCCCCUGCUGCCUCCCCCUCCCUCCAUGCAUCUUCCACUCUCCACACUGCCUCUGCUGGAGCCGCUCCCACUGCCACUACUCCGUAUGGUAACCAGACGGCCAUGGGACACAGUAACCAGACGGGCAUGGCACAUGGUAACCAGACGGGCAUGGCACAUGGUAACCAGACGGGCAUGGCACAUGGUAACCAGACGGGCAUGGCACAUGGUAACCAGACGGGCAUGGCACAUGGUAACCAGACGUCCAUGGCACAUGGUAACCAGACGUCCAUGGCACAUGGUAACCAGACGUCCAUGGCACACAGUCAUGGUGGGAGCAUGUCACAAGCCUCUAUGCAUGGCCAUGGCCGCUCAUCUCCUCACGGGCAGUCGGCACUGCCAUUCCCCCAGUCCCCUGCACAUGCGCACCCACAUGCCUCUGCCCUCCCGCCAUCGUCCACACCCCACGCCCCUUCGCCUACAACCGCCCCGCCACAUGGCCCCCCAAGGGCUCCUGCUGCUGGGGGCGUAGCUAAGGGACCGUCAGCGCCCGUGGGGGGCACAGGGGGGCGCAGCGCGGGUGGUGGUGCAGGUCGGGGGGCUGGUGGGAAUGUGCAGGGGGGCAGAGGAAGGGGUGCGGAGGUGGCGGGGAUUGCAUUGCCGGGCAGCAAAGCGACAGUGCCUCUCAGUCAAUGCUUGCCAGGCCUCCCGUCCCUGCCCACUCCUCCCUCUCUCCCCGCCCCUCCCUCUCUCCCCACUGCCACCUCUCUCCCUACCCCCCCAUCACUCCACACAGCACAGACGGUGGGUGCCCUACCUCAUUCUGCUCCCGCCCAUGCUCCUGCCACACUCCCUGCCUCCUCUGCUCCUCCACCCUCUUCCCUGCCCCCGUCUCCCGUUACUGCUGUGCCUUCCGCUGCCACCGUGUGUGCCACUGCUGCCAUGCCUGCCACUGCUGCCCCGGCCACUGCUGCCGUGCCGUCUACUGCUGCCCCGGCCACUGGCAACCGAACUGUGCCAUUGGCCUCUGCUGUCCCCUCCUCCCAGCUGCCUGCUGUCGCCUCCUCCCAGCUGCCUGCUGUCGCCUCCUCCCAGCUGCCUGCUGUCGCCUCCUCCCAGCGGCCUUCUGUCGCCUCCUCCCAGCAGCCUUCUGUCGCCUCCUCCCAGCGGCCUUCUGUCGCCUCCUCCCAGCAGCCUUCUGUCGCCUCCUCCCAGCAGCCUUCUGUCGCCUCCUCCCAGCUGCCUGCUGUCGCCUCCUCCCAGCGGCCUUCUGUCGCCUCCUCCCAGCAGCCUUCUGUCGCCUCCUCCCAGCAGCCUUCUGUCGCCUCCUCCCAGCAGCCUUCUGUCGCCUCCUCCCAGCAGCCUUCUGUCGCCUCCUCCCAGCAGCCUUCUGUCGCCUCCUCCCAGUCACCCCUGGGCCGUGGAAGCAGCGGUCAUGCGGCGAGUGCAGGAGGGGUGGGCAGAGGCAGGGGCGCGCCAGUCACAGGGCGUACCCAACCGCGCGGCUCCCCCAUUAUCAACCGCACUUCCCUCCCCUUCCCCCGCGUGCAUUGCCCCCCUGCGCGCACCCUUAUCCCCUCUCCCCUUUUCUCCCUCAUCUCAUCAUCCCUCCACCUGUUCUCUCAUCGCGACCCCCACCGAACUAACUCCUGCCCGCGUAGCGUCUCCACACCACCCAUCCCUGAAAUGGCGGGUGCUCUUGCCCUGCGCGUCCCCGUGGCGGCGGCAGCCGUGCCGGCCGCCGGCCUGACUCAACCCGCUGUACACUCCCUAAGGCGCGCCGCACUCGUGCCGCUGCGUGUACGUCAAGCCGCCUCACUCGCCGCGCAGCAGCAGGCGAAGCGCGGUGCCGUAGUAGCGCCGCGCAACGUGGCAAUGGCUGAUUCGCUGACGGCGGAGGAGGAGGGCGCGGCGCGUCAGUCGUACCCGGCGGGCGUGCAUCGGUACGAGGCGAUGGUGGUGCUGCGACCCGACCUCACGGAGGACGAACGCGUCGCGCUCACCGAGCGAUACGAAGAGGUGUGUCGCAGGGAUGGAGGGAUGCGACGAGGUGCGUCGCAGGGACGGAACGAUGCGACGAGGUGCGUCGCAGGGACGGAACGAUGCGACGAGGUGCGUCGCAGGGACGGAACGAUUCGACGACGUGCGUCGCCGUCGCGCGACUGUGCGCGCAUUCCGCUUUCCCCUGUUAGCCCUUCACGACCCGGCCCUCUGUCGGUCAUUCGCUUGUACGAACCCCGACUGUGCCGUGUUUCUUGCUUCUCUCCCUUCGCCCUCGCAAUUUUCCCCUGUCUUCCCGCUCACUCUUCCCCGUGUAUACGCACCCCUCUCGUCUGCACUCACUUCAUGUGCACUCCCCUCAUGCGCACUCCCCUCAUGCGCACUCCCCUCAUGCGCACUCCCCUCAUGCGCACUCCCCUCAUGCGCACUUCCCUUCUGCGCACUACCCGCAUCGGCACUCCCCUCAAGCACACGUCUCUCAUGCAUCCUUCCCCCCUUCCGCUCCCCCUCCCCCCUCCCCCCCCCCACUUUCCGCACGUGCAGUUUCUCGUGGCGGGCGGCGCACUGGACGUGGAGAUCUUCAACCGCGGCAUGCAGCCUUUGGCGUAUAGCAUAAAGACAAAGAACAUGGGCGGCGUGAUGAGCCGCUACCUGGACGGCAUCUUCUUCCUGUUCAUCUUCGCCGCGCGCUCCGAAGCGCAGGUGAAUCUGCAGCAGCGCCUCAACCGCGACGAUGACGUCAUCCGCUCCACCACCUUCCGCCUCAAGGCGUGA